ACUGAACGGGCGCAGCAUCAAACUCCAGUUAGUUUGCUGACGGACGUGAUUGUUUUCCUUGCUUUUGCUUGACACGCCCUUGCUUGCGUUUUAUCCCACAUUUUCAGUAUAUUACAUAUGCAAUAUUGCACGAGGUCACAUGUUAAAAUGCAGAAAGACUGCAUCCGUUUGGGCGCAGCCCAGCAGAAGUAGGGAAACGAGCCCAGUUACAGUAACCGCUUCCAAACUGUACCGUAGAAGGAAAAUCAGCCAAAGAUAGUGCAGAAAGUGCUGCCAUUUGACUUAUAAAACGCCGACUGUUUGUAUAAACAUGGUGGAGUUACGUAUACUCGUUCCAUUUGCAUUUAUGCUUUUCUUUAUGAUGAUUUCACAGACAUCAGCGAAAACCUGUGAAAUGUCCAACUCCACCUGUGAGGACUGUCUGAGGAAUGUAUCGUGCCUUUGGUGCAGAACGACCAUGACGUGUGUCGUCUACCCAGUGAGGAGUAUCCUUCCACCUUCUAGCCUGUGCCCCCUGGCGCAGGCCCGAUGGGGGCGCUGCUGGGUGAACUUCCAAGCGCUGAUCAUCACUCUGUCUGUGUUUGGUGGAAUCAUCCUGAUUGGCAUAUUCUGCUGCUGCUGCUGCUGCUACUACCGGUGUAAGAAGAGCAGAACAAUGGAGCCAGACCCUAAGGAGCAGCAGGAGGAGGCAAGGCGGAAGGCACGUCACGAGGAGAGGAAGGCGGAAAUGAAGAUAAGACACGAUGAGAUCAGAAUGAAAUAUGGUCUGACGAAGGAAAACCCAUAUGCCCGGUUUGAGAACAAUUAAGCCAUUGAAGGAACAGGAAAAAGAUUGUGGCAGACUGAACACGUGUAACAUUAGAAAAAUGCUGUUGUCCACAGUGAGUGAGUGUGUGUAUUUCUAAAUUACCCUAAGUACAGACAGGGCAACUUAACCAGAAAUUUAGUUACAGAUGUAAAAAUACCACCCUGCUUUCUCAGAAUUUCAUGUAUGAUAAUUUUCCGAAAAGAAUAGAUUUCAUCGAAUGGACACUCCACUGUGAUGAAUGUACAGAGUACUUUCUGGAGGAAGUGCUGACUAGUCUCUUGCCUCCACACUUCUGGUGAAGUGCCUCGAACCUAUGAUGACAUCAUUUUACAUCUGUUGCCACAAGUGCCGAAUUUCUGCGGAAUAUGAAUGUAAAGUGUAAUUCAUCAAUUCCAGUCGUCGUAUGGCUGAUUCACAGGACUGGAAAAUGGACACAGAAUGCCAAAGUGAAAAGCACAAAUUCUGUCUCCGGUGAUUCUAAUUGUAGUUGCUGGCACUCCAUUUAAAAAAUAAUACAUUUACACCAAGUAGUACAAACAGAUUUUUUUGUCACAAUUACAGAUUUAAACUAUACGUCCGACUUCCUAUCCUUAUUAUUCCCUAAUUGAUCAAUGUGCCUGCCACCCUCAGUGGACAUUGUAAGUUUAUGUACUUUAGUUAAUUGUUCAUUAAUUUACUGUUUAUUGUAAUGAGGAAGUCAUAAUGCCAGGUUAUAACUGUAUCCUUACCAAGAGCUGUUCAUCGUUUACAAGAAUUGUCAUAGCUGGGUGGUGUAGUGGUGAAGUGGUUGGCAGUUUAGCCACAUGCCUUUGGAGGUGUGUGUGUGUGUGUGUGUGUGUGUAUGUGUAUGUGUGUAUGUGUGUGUGUGUGUGUGUGUGUGUGUAUAUAUAUAUAUAUAUAUAU